AUGUCAGUCCUUCCGGCAGAAACUCAUGCAGAGCUAACUCAGCUCUUGCAAGCCCUGCAAUCCCCGGAUAACACUAUAAGAUCUCAGGCCGAGGGACAUUUGCAGAAUAGCUGGACCAGUGCCCGUCCUGACAUUUUGUUGAUGGGUCUGGCUGAGCAGAUAGCAGCCUCAACUGAAACAUCCUUGCGCUCCUUUGCCGCUGUUAUAUUCCGUCGGAUAGCAUCCAAAACACGCAAGAACGACAAAGGCGACACGUCCGAAGUCUUUAUAUCCUUACCUUUCGAGCAGGCUUCUGUUAUCCGCCAAAAGCUGCUUGAAGCCUUGGCUAACGAAAGGGACCGCUUGGUACGAAAUAAAAUAAGUGACGCCGUUGCCGAUGUUGCAAGACAAUAUUCAGAGUCAACCCAGCAAUGGCCCGAAAUCCUAGCCGUCCUUUUCAACCUGAGCGUUGCCGCCGACGCGGGACAACGUGAAACCGCUUUCCGUGUCUUUGCGACGACGCCCGGUAUUAUUGAAAAACAGCACGACAGUGCGGUACUUGAUGCCUUCAACAGGGGAUUCAAGGAUGAUUCUGUUGCAGUCCGCUUGGCUGCUAUGGACGCCUUUGCGUCCUUCUUCAGAAAUCUCCCAAAGAAGGAUCAGAGCAAAGUAUUCCCUUUGCUACCCGAUGUACUCAACAUUUUACCCCCUAUCAAGGAUUCGCAUGACUCUGAAGACCUUAGUAAAGCGCUCGUUGCCUUGAUCGAACUGGCCGAGACGUCUCCCAAAAUGUUCAGACCGUUGUUUCACAACCUCGUCAUGUUCAGCGUUGGCGUCAUACAGGACAAGGAGUUAAACGAUCUUAGCCGGCAGAAUGCGCUCGAACUCAUGGCAACCUUUGCCGAUUACGCUCCGUCAAUGUGUCGCAAAGAUCCGUCCUAUACGACCGAUAUGAUCACCCAAUGCUUAAGUCUGAUGACGGAUCUCGGCGAAGAUGAUGACGAUGCUGCUGAAUGGUUGGCUUCAGACGACUUUGAUCAGGAGGAGAGCGACUUAAAUCAUGUUGCAGGAGAGCAGUGCAUGGACCGACUAGCUAACAAACUCGGAGGCGAGACUAUUCUAGCCCCAACGUUCCACUGGCUUCCUAGGAUGAUGACUUCUAUGGCCUGGAAGGACCGCCACGCAGCUCUCAUGGCCAUCUCAGCCAUAUCGGAAGGUUGCCGUGACCUUAUGGUUAAAGAGCUCAGCCAUGUUCUCGAGCUAGUUGUGCCUGCGCUGAAGGACCCUCAUCCUCGAGUUCGUUGGGCAGGAUGUCAAGCCCUUGGUCAGAUGAGUACAGAUUUCGCGCCUACGAUGCAGAAAGAGUAUUAUGAUACCGUCUUAAAAGCCAUCAUCCCUGUCCUUGAGUCGCCGGAGGGUCGUGUUAAGGCGCACGCUGCUGCCGCAUUGGUGAACUUUUGCGAAGAGGCAGAAAAGAGCAUCCUUGAACCCUAUCUGGACCAAUUAUUAUCCUCACUCUUCCAACUCCUCCAAAAUGAGAAGCGCUAUGUUCAGGAGCAAGCGCUUUCGACAAUUGCAACCAUUGCUGAUGCCGCCGAAGCUGCCUUUUCCAAGUACUAUGACACGCUGAUGCCUCUACUCGUCAACGUCCUACGACAGGAAACCGAAAAGGAGUACCGACUGCUUCGUGCCAAGGCCAUGGAAUGUGCUACUUUGAUAGCAUUGGCCGUUGGAAAGGAACGUCUCGGAAAUGAUGCGAUGGUCUUGGUUGAGCUCCUUGCUAAUAUUCAAGAGCACAUCACCGAUCCUGACGACCCGCAGUCGCAAUAUCUUAUGCACUGCUGGGGACGCAUGUGUAGAGUGAUGGGGGCCGAUUUCUUGCGCUUCUUGCCUAACGUCAUGCCUCCGUUAGUUGAACUGGCCAGUGCCAAGGCUGAUAUUCAGCUAUUGGAUACGGAUGAUGAGAUCGAGCAGAUCCAGCAAGAAGACGGAUGGGAGUUAGUACCGCUCAAGGGGAAAAUGAUUGGAAUCAGGACUAGUACGAUGGAUGAUAAGCAUAUGGCUAUUGAGCUGCUCGUGGUGUACGCGCAGACCCUUGAGGGUCAUUUUGCUCCGUACGUUGCUGAUACUAUGGAGAAGAUUGCGCUUCCGGGUCUGGCAUUCUUUUUCCAUGAUCCUGUUCGAUUCAUUUCAGCGAAGCUUGUUCCUCAGCUUCUCAGCUCGUAUAAGAAGGCUUAUGGCCCCGAGUCGAACGAACUUCGAGGUUUGUGGGCUGGAACGGUAGACAAGCUACUCGAGGUGCUUACUGCUGAGCCAGCCAUCGAUGCUCUGGCUGAGAUGUACCAAUGCUUUUACGAGUCCGUGGAAGUGGUCGGCAAGGACUGCCUCAGCCAACAACAUAUGGGGAAAUUUAUCGAUGGCGUCCACUCGGCUAUCGAAGAUUACAGGGACCGUGUUGCUAAACGUGAAGAAGAUAAAGCUGGAGCUGCUGCUGAGGAUGCCGAAGACGAAGCGGAAGAACUUUUGAUCGCGAUCGAGGAUGAUCAGACCCUACUGUCCGAUAUGAACAAGGCAUUUCACUCCAUCUUCAAGAACCACGGCUCCGCUUUCCUCCAACCAUGGGAACGUCUCAUGGUCACUUACGAGAGCUUCCUUACGUCACCGGAUCCUACUCAGCGUCAGUGGGGUUUAUGCAUCAUGGAUGACGUUCUGGAAUAUUGCGGGCCGGAAAGUGUUCGUUAUGCGCGGGCUAUUAGUACUGCUCUAUUAGAAGGCUGCAAAGAUCCCUCGGCUGCUAUUCGACAAGCUGCUGCGUAUGGCAUCGGUGUAGCUGCUCAUCGUGGCGGAGCUCCCUGGGCGCAAUUCCUGGCAACAUCGAUCCCCUAUUUGUUCCAAGCGACCCAGAUACCGGAUGCGCGCGGUGAAGAAGCCGUUUACGCCACUGAAAACGCCUGCGCGGCUAUCGCAAAGAUUCUUCACUUUAACAAGCAGGGUCUACAAGAUCCGCAAGCUAUCGCAGUACAAUGGGUCAAUACCUUACCAGUUACCAAUGAUGAAGAGGCAGCGCCAUAUGCCUACGGCUAUCUCGUGGAGUUAAUCGAACAACAAAACCCUGCGGUCACCACCCAAGUUGAUAAGGUGUUUGUCUAUGUAGGACAGGCCCUCGAGGCUGAGAUGCUUCACGGACAGCUGGGCGCACGUGUUGCCAGAGCAAUUCAAAUGCUACUACAGUCGGCAAACGUUGACCCAACACCACUCUUACAGCAGCACUUUUCACCCGAAGGACAGCAGAUUAUUAGGCGUCACUUCUCCUAG